GUUUUUACUGUUUGAUUUUUCAUGAAACAAAACAAAAAUCGGAUGACGAUCAGAGGCAAAAGUAAAGGCUGUCGUAAAGAGAUCAAACCAACUUGCGCCGACUACAACACUCUGUUCUUAAAAGAUGUGGUUGCAACUUCGGAGCUUUUCAUCAAUAGUCUCGACGUCUCGUAGACGUGACAGAGACGGAAUGGCCACACAAUUGCAG